AUGGCAGAUUGCAAAAGCAACGAGCUCAUUUAUCGGCGCGACGAUCUGAACGACCAAAUACUGGCCUUUGAGAUUCGCGGUGUGAUUGUUGAACCGGUCGACCCCAACCAGUACGUCCCAAACGCCAAGGUAUUACUGGAGACCUUCAUGAGUGACAUAAAAGGUGCGCCCCAUAAGGACGCCCAAGACCUGACUGACUACACUCGGCUCUCGUUUCCCAAUAUGAAGCACCAGGAUGAUGUCACGACGCUCAACAUGUGGAAUAUGUUCACCUUUCUCCUGGAUGAUUUCCUUGAGAGUCAGACUACGAAACUGGAGUAUUGGGUGAGAUAUCUGGGUUUCUACGCUGAAACCGAAAUGGUUAAGACUGGCGAUCAUAUGCCCACAUUGGAUGAGUACGAUGCGCUCAGGAUCGUCGACUGUGGAUACAUUGUCAUGCAAGUGUUUCUAUACGGAUCGGCCAAAUUUGACCCUGAUGACUAUCCCGAAAUUGUCACUGAUGAAGCGUGGACCAUGUUCAACACGUGGGCGGCCAGACACUUUUAUUAUGUUAAUGAUUUGUACUCGAGCAAAAAGGAGAUCUUGCUGCACCAGGGCAAAUACACCCUGAUCUACAUCAUCAUGUGCAAUUACAAGUGCGACGCCCAGGGGGCGGCAGAUAAAUUGGUGGACAUGAUAGACGGGGCGUGGACCCUGGCCAUUAAGUAUGGCGAUGCGCUGAGAUCACAUAAUAUACCCUUGCUACAUCAAUAUGUCACAGAUAUAGUAUGCUUUCUAAAGGGUCACCUAUACUGGUCGACGAUUACCCCGCGGUAUAACAAGUUGUCUCUGUAUGACAAUUACCAACUUCAGCCGUAA